AUGGCUAUAUCAAGUCUCUACUUCCUGUUGUUCAUCCCAGCCCUCAUCAUCAAUGGGGUAGCAGUCUUGGUCUGCAUGCAACUUCGCUCAACGUCCACCUUCAUGGUGUAUCUGAAGAACCUUGUGGUCACUGACCUUCUCAUGACCCUGAGCAUCCCUCUCAAAGCAGCCAAUAUCCUGCCCAGUGCUCCUCUGACUCUGAAGGCCUUUACCUGUCGCUACUCUGAUGUUAUUUUCUACCUCUGUAUGUACAUGAGCAUCAUUCUACUGGGCCUCAUUAGUCUGGACCGCUUCUUCAAGAUCGUCAGGCCCUGUGGCAGGUUGUUGGGUCAGAACCUGGUCUUCGGCAAAGUGCUGUCUGCUUCCAUCUGGGUGGUGCUGUUGGCCACUAAUGUCAUUCCAACCAUGAUCCUGACCAAUCAGGUUCCCACAAACAAGACUAAAGAAUACUGUAUGAAAAUGAAGAGCGAUGCAGGACAGGCUUUUCACAGAGACGUGGUCUUAUUCAACAGCGCGAUCUUCUGGAUGGUUACCUCAACGACCAGCUGCACUAAGGCCACCUUACGGAUCUCUAAAAAGAUCACCUUGUGGAUGUCAGCCAUGAACGUCUGUCUGGACCCUCUCAUCUACUUCUUCCUCUGUAAAUCCUUCAGGACCAACCUGUUCAAGAUGUUCCGUCUCCCACCUGGGACCUGUAGCUGGCUCACUGGGAAAGGGUCCAGCCCCAACACAACAGAGGAUCAGACCCCAACACAGGAGACUCCCCAGGGAGACUCCUGUGCAUGUAUAGAAAAUUAA